AUGGCAAGCUGUUCUUUUGAUACUCAUUUUCAAGAUACUUUUGUAACGUUGAUGAGUGGUGCUGGUUUAGUUAUGCUACAUCCGCAUGGUAAUAAAGAUUUAACUUAUCUUAUACAUGAAUUAAUGGACAAAGAUGUUACUUUUCUGGAUGCUGUACCAAGUUAUCUUGAUACAAUAUGUCAACAUCUUGAAAUACAAAAUGCAAAAGAAUGUUUAAAGAAAUUGCGAACAUUGUGUAGUGGAGGUGAUGUUCUAACAAAUCAAAUAAUGUCUCGUCUAAAAAAAUAUGUAUCUAUACCAUCAUUAUCAUCGCCGAUUGGCUGUCAACUAUGGAAUGUGUAUGGGCCAGCUGAAGUAACAAUUACUACAACAUAUUUUCAAAUAGGAUUCAAUUUUGAUUGUGAUAAACAAGUAAUGUCAAUUGGAAAACCACUUCCUAAUUAUCACUGUGCAAUUAUGGAUGAAUAUUUUCAAUUUGCUCCUGUUAAUCAAGAAGGUGAAUUAUUUGUUGGUGGUGCAUGUGUAUUUGCUGGAUAUUUUGGUCGUAAUGAUUUGACAGCAAAAGCUCUUCUUGAAAUAGAUGGCGAACUAUUUUAUCGAACAGGUGAUCUUAUUAGAAUGAAUCACAAUGGUCUUCUGCAUUAUCAAGGAAGAAAAGAUCAUCAAAUCAAAUUGCGCGGACAACGAAUUGAACUUGGUGAGAUAGAACGCUGUUUACUUAACGUGACAUAUAUAUCUGCUUCUGUUGUUAUGAAAUGGAAUGAUGAUUAUUUAGUUGCUUAUGUUCAAUCUUCUUCUCAUACUAAUGAAGAGGAACUACGUCAACAUUGUCAAUCUCAUCUUCCACCACAUAUGGGUCCAUCAAUAUUCAUUAUUCUUGAGAAACUACCUUUGAACCAAAAUGGUAAAAUCGAUCGAAAACAACUUCCUUCACCCAACUUUUCUUUACCGACUUUGUUGUCGCCCGAUAAGUCUGAUACUCCUCUCAAUCAGUUUGAAGAACGUAUACAUACAAUUUGGUGUCAAGUUCUUCAUUCUAAUGAAAUUCACAUUUCUAGAACUACCAGUUUUUUCAGUGUUGGUGGUCAUUCACUGUUGUUUAUUGAACUUUAUCAUCAUUAUCAGUCAGUAUUUAGCUUUGAUGCUCAUUCACUUUCGAUUGCGCCAUUUCUCCAGCAACCCACCAUUUGUCAACAUUCACAAUUACUUCAGACAGUCAUAAUGAAUAAUACCAAGCCAACACAAUGGCACACAUUACAUAUAAAUGAAGGUAAUGCCUCUUUUGCUCAAGAACGUAUCUUUCUUGAUGAACAAGUUCGUUUUUCGAGUGAUAUUGCUAUCUAUAAUGAACUGUCCACUUUACAAAUUGUUCAAGGAUCAUUAUCAUUCAAUCGUUUAUUACAAGCAUUUCGAUUUGUUUUGAAUAAACAUAAAAUAUUACGUACAUCUCUUAUUUUUAACAAUGAUAAUGGUAGUUUGAAACAAUGCAUCACAGAUAUACAUGAAACAUUCGCAAUAACUAUGAAUCAAACAUUUCAAAAUGAUAAUGAACUUUGGAACAUUAUUUAUCAAACAACUAUUAAUCCUAAUCUCUUUGAUUUAUCGACUGGUCAUGUUUUUCAUGCUGAAAUUCUGAAACAUCAAAUAUCUUUAAAUGAAAAUGAAAACGAAAAUGAUAGCAAUGAGUGCAUAACUAAUUCUGAUGUUCUCCUCAUUGCUACUCAUCAUGCAGCAUUCGACCGAGCAAGUCAUUCAAUCUUUUUCAAUGAUUUGUGUUUAGCUUAUAAUACUAAUGCAGUAUCCAUAGGAGAUGAUAAUGAAUCACUGAAAUAUAUUGAUUAUAGUGUACAUGAACGUCUAAUCGAUAUGUCAACAUCUCGUGAAUUUUGGUAUUUACAGUUAGAAGAAUACAAUUUGGAAUCUCCAUUAUCAUUACCAGUUGAUCGACAUCGUUCAUCUAAUGAUCAUCGAUCGGGUUCUGCUUCUGUCACUCAAAUCUCUUUUGACAACGAGAUUUCACAAUCAUUUCUUGAUUAUGCUUCUACACAUCAUGUGACACCAUUUCAGUUAGGUCUGAGUGUUUUAUAUGCUUUUCUUUUCAAGUUAACUCAUGGUGAAAAUGAUUUAUGUAUUUCUUGUCUGAAUGCUAAUCGAUAUCGAAAUGAACUACAAAAUAUAAUUGGAAUGUUUAUUUCGACACUACCAUACCGUGCUCAACUUGAUUCGCAUUGUUCAUUUGAUGAUCUUAUUAAAUAUGUACGAGCGAAGUGUUUAUCAAUUCUUGAACAUUCUCAUUAUCCACUUCAACAUAUUCUUGCUAGUUUACAUGUUAAUCAAUCAAAUAUUUCAUUUCUUGAGACAGUAUAUGACUUUAUAACAAUAUCGUCACAGAGCGAUGAAUUAUCUUUGGAUGGAGCAAGUUUCAAACAAGUGUCAUUUG